GUACAUACCCCGGGCCUCGAGGACAGCGGCUGAACUGUCAGUUGCGCGUCGGUGUGGAGAGUUACCGCGGUGCCGUGAACCCCUUUCCCACGGGUGAUCGCGAAUGCUUUUUUUUGUUUUUUUUUUAAGCAGAGGGGCUUUGUUGCACACGCGGUCAAUAUAAAUAGAAAACCACGGAGAAUGUGACGAGAGCAGGAGUGGACUACGGAGGAAGACUACCGAGGCAGCAGACUGAGGCAGCAGACCGAGGCAGCAGACUGAGCCGUGAAUGUAAAUGGGAGUAGUGAUCGGAGUUGGCAGCAGAAGGGCUAGAAAUGAUCCAUUUUUUUGCUGCGUCUAGUUUGGGUUUUACUUUUGUUUUGGGUCUUUCAGACCGUCUAUUUGUAUAGUUGUAACUUUUGACUUUAUUUAUUUAUUGUUUUAGGCGAUCGGUUUAGGCCUUUAGUGUAAGUGACUGAUAAGCUGUGUGUAGGCCUGUGUUACCGUGUGCUAUUACUUACGAUUGACAAGCUACACCCGACAUCAGGACAACCCCAACGCACUCGAUCCAGACGACUCUCGUCGAUAGAAAGACCCUAACUUCCUGCCCAGCUUGUCUGGUGCAAACGGAAAACACUCUCUCCUCUCUUAGUUUUUAUUUUAUUUUUAGGGCUGAUUAAACCAGCCUCGGGGAAGGUCUUGGGUGACACAUGUGAUUGUAAUGACCCUCCUACCCUUCUCACAGAAACGAUACAAUGAUAUGUGAGCGUAUUGUAGGUGUGUGUGAGCCAGCUGCAGUGUUACAUUGUGGCAGAGGAAGGUUUCUCUGCGGCUCGGUGCACGGCUACUUCCUGGUACAACAGAGAGAGGCAGUGCUGAGUUAAAAACACCAAAUAGACACAUACUGAGAAGAGGGAAGGAACGAGAGAAACACUUGGCCUGUUUCCAGAAAUCUAAACCUUCGUUAUCUUGUGUAUUUCUGUUAUUUCAACGAUUCGAGUGAUUUUGAAGGGGCGAAUCAAGAAUUAGUUUUGGAUGCCGAAGGAAGGUCCCGUUGGUUGCGGGUAAAAAGGGAUCGUAACGGGGAGGAAGGCACAUAACCCUCCCAACGGCGGAGAAGCGUCGCACAGAUUUUCUUUCACACCAUCGUUUAAAAAAAACAAACAUUUAUUAUUAUAACAUCUUCGUGUAUUUUAAUAUUUUUGAGAGACGAGGUUAGUUAACGGAAGAUAUGGGUUGUUUGGGCAACAGCAAGACUGAAGAUCAACGCAUCGACGAAAAGGCACAGCGAGAGGCGAAUAAAAAAAUUGAAAAACUGUUGCAAAAAGAAAGACAAGCAUAUAAAGCGACGCACCGGCUGUUAUUAUUGGGUGCUGGAGAGUCGGGGAAAAGUACUAUUGUGAAGCAGAUGAGGAUUCUACACGUCAAUGGUUUUAACGCAGAAGAAAAGAAACAGAAAAUUCAAGAUAUUCGGAAAAACGUGAAGGAUGCGAUAGUGACGAUAGUGUCAGCCAUGAGCAGCUUGAUACCCCCCGUCUCUCUCGCCAACCCCGAAGACCAGUUCAGAAUCGAAUACAUCAAAAGCAUAGCUCCGCUCUCGGACUUUGACUACACACAGGAGUUCUUUGAUCAUGCCAAGAAGCUGUGGGAUGACGAGGGAGUGAAGGCGUGCUUUGAGAGAUCCAACGAGUACCAGCUCAUCGACUGUGCACAAUAUUUCCUGGACAGAAUUGACUCAGUAAGACAAGGAGACUACAGUCCCACAGACCAGGACCUGCUACGAUGCAGAGUGUUAACGUCAGGGAUAUUCGAGACGCGAUUCCAAGUAGACAAAGUCAACUUUCAUAUGUUUGAUGUAGGUGGCCAGAGAGAUGAGAGGAGAAAAUGGAUCCAAUGCUUUAAUGAUGUGACUGCUAUCAUCUUUGUGGUUGCCAGCAGCAGCUACAACAUGGUCAUAAGAGAAGACAACAACACAAACAGGCUACGGGAAGCCCUGGAUCUCUUCCGCAGUAUCUGGAAUAACAGGUGGUUACGGACCAUAUCGGUCAUAUUGUUUCUGAACAAGCAGGACAUGUUGGCCGAGAAAGUAUUAGCUGGGAAAUCCAAAAUCCAAGACUACUUUCCGGAAUAUUCUCGCUACACCAUACCCAACGAAGCGACUCCUGAACCUGGUGAAGACCCAAAAGUAACAAGAGCCAAGUUCUUCAUCCGAGACGAGUUCCUGAGGAUCAGCACAGCCAGUGGAGAUGGCAGACACUACUGCUACCCCCACUUCACGUGUGCUGUGGACACUGAGAACAUCAGGAGAGUCUUCAAUGACUGUCGCGAUAUCAUUCAGAGGAUGCAUCUGAGGCAGUACGAACUCUUGUGAUGGGAUGGACACACACACACACACAGUACAGACGCAAACACACACACACACACAGUACACACAAACACACACACACACACACACACACACACACACACACACA